UUGUUUCUUAGUAAAGCUGCAAUAAGUGAUAUCCUCUGCAUCAUCAGCAACAUUUCAUCUUAAAGUUCAAAUUUGUAUAGAGUUGUUACUUGUUUGAAUUCAAUUUUGUACAACUGAUUCUGAAGUCAGAAUUGGUUAUGGGGAGAAGUUUUUUCUAGUAGCCUCUAGGUUUCAGAAUUGAUUCUGAUGAAACAGAAGUUAAUCCAAGCAUGCUAAUAGUGUAUCGUUCUUACCCCUUUCAUCCUAUGAAAACCAUCACUUUCUGAUUGAAUUCUGCUUCACUUAGUAAUUUAAACAUACUACUGCUUUUGACUAGGUUCAGUAAAGGAUGCAGAAAAGUUAAGCUCACAACUUGGAAUCACCACUUGCCUUGGAUUCUGCACCAAACAAGAGAUGAAGUUUGAGUUCUCUAUUGCUGCUCUUGUUCUAUUAACCUCCACACUGUCUCUCUUUAGCUUGAUUGAAGCAUCUGACUUGAACUCAGAUAAACAAGCUCUCUUGGAGUUCGCUUCUUCAGUCCCACAUGCUCCAAGGCUCAACUGGAAUAAUGACUCAGCUUCAAUUUGCACCUCAUGGGUUGGUGUGACUUGUAACUCAAACGGAACUCGUGUCACCGGAAUCCAUCUUCCGGGAAUCGGAUUAACUGGGUCCAUUCCGGAGAACACCAUUGGAAAACUAGAUGCUCUUAAGGUCCUUAGCCUUCAUUCCAAUGGCCUUAAAGGAACAUUUCCUUCUAACAUUCUCUCUAUUCCUUCACUCCAAUUUGCACACUUGCAGCACAACAAUUUCUCAGGUCCAAUUCCUUCCAUUGUCUCCCCUAAACUCAUUACAUUGGACAUUUCCUUUAACUCUUUUUCUGGUAGCAUUCCACCUGCAUUUCAGAACCUGAGAAGACUCACCUGGUUGUAUCUCCAACACAAUUUCAUAUCUGGAGCUAUCCCUGACUUUGACCUUCCUAGUCUCAAACACUUGAAUUUGAGUUAUAAUAACUUGAAUGGCUCAAUUCCAAACUCCAUCAAGACAUUCCCAAAUACUUCUUUUCUUGGGAACUCUCUCUUAUGUGGGCCACCUCUCAAUAGUUGCUCUUCAAUCUCUCCCUCUCCAUCUCCUUCUCCUCCUGCAACCACCCAAAACCAAAAAGCAACCACACAUAAGAAAAGCUUUGGCCUAGCUAUUAUACUUGCUCUGGUCAUUGGAGGCAUUGCCUUCCUUUCUCUACUAUUUUUGGUGAUCUCUGUGUGCUGUCUGAAGAGGAAGAACAGUAAAACCAGUGGUAUACUGAAAGGAAAGGCUUCUUGUGCUGGAAAGCCUGAGAUGUCUAAGAGUUUUGGAAGCGGCGUGCAAGCUGCUGAGAAGAACAAGUUAUUUUUCUUUGAAGGCUCCUCUCAUAGCUUUGACCUUGAGGAUUUGCUAAAGGCCUCAGCUGAAGUUCUUGGGAAAGGGAGCUACGGAACAGCUUACAAGGCUGUUCUGGAGGAAGGAACAACAGUGGUGGUUAAAAGGUUGAAGGAAGUUGUGGUUGGAAAGAAGGAGUUUGAGCAACAGAUGGAAAUUGUGGGGAGAAUUGGACAACACCCUAAUGUCAUGCCUCUUAGAGCUUAUUACUAUUCCAAAGAUGAGAAACUCCUAGUCUACAACUACAUGCAAGGAGGCAGCUUGUUUUUCUUGUUGCAUGGAAACAGGGGUGCAGGAAGAACUCCACUAGAUUGGGAUUCAAGAGUGAAGAUUGCAGUGGGAGCUGCCAAGGGAAUUGCUUUCAUUCACUCUGAAGGGGGACCAAAAUUCGCACAUGGCAACAUCAAGUCCACCAAUGUGCUCAUAACAGAAGAACUUGAGAGCUCCAUAUCUGAUGCUGGAUUGGCUCCUGUCAUGAAUGCCCCAUCAACUAUGUCUAGAUCCAAUGGCUAUAGAGCCACAGAAGUCACUGAUUCAAGGAAGAUCACACAAAAAUCUGAUGUUUACAGCUUUGGUGUGCUGCUUCUUGAAAUGCUGACAGGGAAAACCCCACUGAGAUAUCCUGGCUAUGAAGAUGUGGUUGAUCUUCCAAGGUGGGUGAGGUCUGUUGUGAGGGAGGAAUGGACAGCUGAAGUGUUUGAUGAGGAGCUUCUGAGAGGGCAGUAUGUUGAAGAGGAAAUGGUGCAGAUGCUUCAGAUUGCACUUGCUUGUGUAGCUAAGACACCAGAUAUGAAGCCUAGAAUGGAGGAUGUUGUUAGAAUGGUUGAGCAAAUUAAGCACCCUGAGUUGAAGAACAGGGCAUCCUCUGAAUCUGGUUCUAAUGAUCAGACACCAUGAAUCUUUUCCUCAAGCAAUAAGCAAGUUUCAUUGUAAAAUACUAAUCUUUGUGUUCAUGUUGGUCAGAAAAGGUUUCAUGUUUUACCUUAUUUAUAAUCUUUUUGAAACUUUUGGCUAAUUGUUGUUCAGUCAAUGGAAAUAAUUCAGGUUUCAUCAUGCAGAUCAAAGAUGUCCAUUAAUCA